GUCACGGCGCGAUAACCAACAGGUGAUGCCGAGGAAGGAGGAGGACACUCCCUCGAGCAGCAUCUCGUCGAGCGUCUCUCCCUCGGGUACCACCGACCGCGACGAUGGUGAUUUAGUACCAUUCUCUCGAGCCUAUCGUUUAUCCCGUACCCCACAGAUUUUGCUGACUACACCAGGAUUCGUCUACAAGGGCCGCAAGGAUAAACGCGCGCAAGGAUCGGCAAUCCUCUUUGGCGCGCAUCAAUGGAAUACAGGAGAGAAAUCGAGUGAAAAACAGUGUCGGUGAGAGACACGACAAAAAAGUUUCGAUCGGUCGAUGAUUUAGUGGAUAGACUGUUUAAUAGUGUUCCUCGAGAUUCUUCCCGCGCGUUCAUUUAACUCACGAGAACAUCGGAAUCAGGAUGUAGAAGUUAAGCAGUUGACAUGAGCGCGGGAUCAGCUCGCAACGUACAAUAAUCGAGUGUUCUCUUCAAUGCGCUGGAUUUUGACAAGAAUUUGGGAGCGUAUGUUUCUCAGGCCCAAGGAUCUGGAAAACGUGAGGGAUGCCACAAGGAAGCAUUCAAUGGCAGGGGACGCAGAGAAGAGCCUGCGGGCCUGGGGCUAAUUGGAACGUUCAGGUGGUGAGAGGCAAGGUGACAACGCGGUGCUUGUGGCACGCCUGCAAAGCUCUCGGAAUUGGGCUACUGCUAAUGCUUUUAGGAGCUUGCAUGGCGACCAUAGGAUAUUAUGCAGAUCAGCUAUCGGUGGCGCAGGAGAUCAGAGGUAACAUCACGGUUAAAGUGAAGAAUGAAUCGCGCGGAUUUCAUCUGAAUAAUCUGAGCUACGCCGGCCCUGUCGUUAUGGGUCUGGGAGGCUUCAUUGUAGUAGCUGCCUGCGUGAUGACUUUCGAAGCACGUGAUAGUGCGGCUAAGGUAGUACCAGCUCGCUAUCGCUUCAAUCAAGCAUCAACAAUAAAAGGCUCAAAAAGCCAGCGUAAUAGAAGAUCGACAUCAAGCCAGACAACAAGAUGGGAUCAUCAGUUGGGCCUGUUUAAAGUAAAUCGUAGCCCGAGUCCCAGCACGCAUGAAGUCUCCAGAAAACAACUAACGGCGGAAUUCAUGCGAUUUUCGAAAGAUUUACAGGAGAAAAGCGUAGCGCAUUCCAUAAAAAAGAGUCCGAGCGCGCCUACAUUAAUCGACAAAAAGUCACCGCGCCGAAGAUCGCCUAAAUACGCAGGUUGCUCGCUAUUGAAUCCAGAAUUGUUGCAGAGACACGCUCUUUCAGUCGAUAAUCCGAGCUACAGUCCGCAUCAGAUUAGCAGAGAGAGCCUGGAACAUCAAAAGAUGAAUGGUAGUCAAGUCUCAAUGGCGAUGGAUCUGCACAUUCCAAAUAAAGGUCCUGUUACGCUCAAAGUGAAGGAUCGAUCCGAUACAGCAAGACGACAUCAGUUACUUCGUCAGACCAAGGUGGAAGAUGUCGAGGAAGUGGACGAACCUAUACGACCACCACCGACCUUAGUGCAUUCGCCUAAAUUGCCAGGUGCCUACAGAUACCCAGAUGAUUUCGUGCCAAGAAAAAGAAAUUCCAUAGAUUUGAGAUUGUUGGAAGAAUUAACGGCAGUAUCAAAAGAAUUUAGUAAGGCCUCGCCGCGAGACUUCCGAAAAAUCUCAUCACCGAACUUUCGUAAAAUGUCCUUCGAUAGAAUCGGCGGUGAUCGCCGCUUCGACCGAGCUUCGUUAGGAUAUCGUAAAGCUAGUCUCGAAUUUAGAAAAAGUCCUGAUUUUCGCAGAGGAGAUUACAGGAAACUAUCAAUAGAAAGAUUCAGCGUCGAUUGUACCCGCUAUAUGCUCGAUGAGACGGAAAUGAAAUCACAAACGAGCAGUGGAGAGAAUUUGCGAAGACAAGCGCGUCAUGCUAAGCUGUAUCAUUCCAAAUCGGAUGACAACAGAAGGCGAUCCUUCGAUAAGCAUUCGAAGGAUCCUCAAUCGAGUCGACACUCAUUAAACACUCAAGCUGUUGUGGAAGGUCCCGAUUGCGAGCCAAAGUACUUUACGACGGUGUCUCUCGAUACUGAAGAAAGCCGUGCCGACAAUUCCGACGAGAGUCACGUAAUAGAUAUCGAGGAAGCGAAUGCAGGCGCUUUAUCGUGCGACGUACCCACGGAAGCUGACAUGCUGCUCGAAGAACCGGAAUUGGAAAAUGUCACGGAGAUCGACAUGGAAAGUUCCGUAACUGAUGACGAAAAAUCUCGCGAAUCUCACAGAUCGAACAAGAGGACAGAUGCAAUAUUACGAGGACAAAAUCCCAUAAUUAUUGCCGAGAACACAGACUCGCAAAUGAUAGUUGACGAGAAAACGAUGCAAAUGGAUAAUGAAAAAUGUAAAACUACUUUAUACAUAGAAGACGAUGAAGUGUGAAGAACAGAAAAUUCUUGAGAAUUAACAAUAAAUUCAGAUUAUCGUGGGAAAAUAAUGAUGAUAUUUGCGAAGCAAAAAUAUUGAUGUUAUGUGUAACAUUGCUGAUAACGUUUCUUCGCAAAUUGGAAAUGAUUAUACAACGUCGAACGAUUGUCUUUGAAUGCAAUUAUGCUCAACAAUUUAAGAUUUAAACACGGCAUAAAUAAUAACGAGAUCACGUACGAAUUGCGUUUUGUAACGAGACAAUCAUUUUUUAUCGGCAUCUCGCGUUGCCUUUUGCACGAAGGUAACAAGCGUGUAAUAUUGAUGACAAAUAAUUGUUACCAACAAAUUUUGACGUAGCACGUAGAUGGU